AUGAGCAACCCAAAUGCUGUGCCCGGGCAGGGCUCAAAACCCAAUUUGGUUUCAAAGGGGAUCAGUACUGACCUGAAAGGGCUUAUUCAUUGCCACUUGCCAAGAUUUUCAUACAGACAUGGGAUGAUUCCAAAGCUCUAUGUGAUGCCCUGGAAACAAGAUAUGAAGUAUCGAGCAUUGGCUUUAAAGCAUGCUGACCUUGUUGGGCUAUAUACUGGUGCCCCUGAAGACACUCUGUUCUUGGACAAAUGUGAGAGGCACUGCCAUGGAGAAGACCGAAAGCAGCUUCUUCAGAAAGUUCCACAGCAAAUGGCAGUGGAGGACAUUCCCAUUUAUUCUCAUCUGUCUAGAUAUCACAAGUCCAUGGUGGCUUACGGCUUCAGGAUCAAACUCUGA